AUGCGUAGGUCGGAUGAUGGGAAGGUAGAUGUAGCCGUGCGGCGUUGUCGGGCGUGGAGCGCGCCUGCGGCACCGCUUAGCCACAUCUGCGGAAGCCACAAUGGCUCCUUCGUGCGGAGUGCCGCGGGAGCCAUUGCGGGCGACCACACACACCUUCCACUACCGCCCACCAUUUAUCGCCUUUUCCCUACAAAGACAGUAUUCGCUUCGGUGGACAUUCCGUUUACCCCAUCGCCAGGGGCCCCCUGCAAUGGGGGCCGACAGGCACCAUGCUCCCCACCGGCGGAGACGGAGACCCUCGAGGCUCUUAAGGCUGAGCUGCUAGCCGCAAAGAAUCAGAUAAGGUUGCUCAACACGGCAAGCGCACGAUCUUUUCACAGCUACGCAGCACUCGAGGCCGAGAACGCAGAGCUGAGGGAUGUCAGCCGGCGCCUGCGCGAGGCCAAUGACGAGCUGAAAGCGCGCCUCGCACAGCGCAACGAUGAGGUGAAUGAGCAGCUGCAUCUCAUCUGUGACUUGGAAAAGAAGCUCGAAGAGUUUAGCUGCUUCAACACGGCAGCACACUUAUCGGCGUGCAAAUCUCUUAAUGGUGGUUCGAAGUGA